AUGACAUCCACUAUAAAAACCGAACUUUUCCAGCCAAACGAUCCCUCAAAUUCCUCUGGUAAUAUAUCCGAACACUUAACAUGUGGAUAUAUUAUACUUAAUUGUGAAAACGUCAACGAUAAAUGGAAAUGCAUUCAUUGUUUCCGAAUUAUCAAAGAACCUAUUCAACUAACGGAAUGUGGCCAUAGGGCUUGUAAAGGGUGUCAUGAGUCUCGUGCAGCAUUAGCUAUAGAUGGCAUAAUGAUUUGUCCAGUAGAGGAAUGCAAACAGCAGUAUUAUAAAACUGAAAUAAUGCCUGAUCGUGCAUUUAAAAGAGAAUUGGACAUACUUCCUGUUGUUUGUCGUCAUAAAAUGGAUCAGAACUGCGCUUGGACAGGACCAUUGAAAGCUUAUCAAGAGCAUCUAGAUCAAAGUCACGUUCACUAUCCGUGCGAUCUGUGCGGACAAGUAUUUUCAUCCAGCCAAGCAUUGGAAGAUCAUAAAUCAAAAACAUGUCCAAGUCUUUUUCAAGCAUGCCCUUUAGCCCCUUAUUGUUGUCAAGAGAUGAUUCCCAAAACUGACUAUUCAGCCCAUUUAUUAAGUGCAAAACAUCAAGAAACGGUUGCUCUAUUCUUAAUUGGUAAAUAUGAAAUUCCAGAUACAUCUGAACAAGAUCAAUCAAUGGAAUCAAGUUCAGUCGCAAAUGAACUUGAACAACGAACUUAUGAAAAGCUAUCUGAUUUAGCUGAAAAGGUUCAAAAAUUAAAUGACGACACAGUUACAUUAAGUCGUGAUUUUGUUAAAUUAAAUGAACUGAGUCAAAUAACUAUUCAAGAAAUUAAUCAUUACCAAACAGCAACGAAUGAAAGAAAUGUAUUCAUGUCUAGUUUGCAGCCUAAACAAGACUCUAUACAAAAAGAUAUCGAACGAUUGAAACAGAACCUUGAAGAAAAUCAACAUGUAUCAACGGAUGGUACAUUAACCUGGCGAGUUGAUCGUGUAGCAGAACGAAUGGCUGAUGCUCAAUCAGAAAGACAACCCAGUAUUUAUUCACCAGUAUUUUAUUCGUCAGCAACUGGUUACAAGAUGCGUGCGCGCUUAUAUUUACACGGAGAUGGAAACGCGAGAAGAACUCACAUGUCUUUAUUCUUUCUACUUAUGAAAGGAGAUUAUGAUGCUCUUCUUCCUUGGCCAUUCAGCUACAAAGUUACUUUUUGUCUAUUUGAUCAGACAGGAAAUAAUCGACAUAUUAUCGAUUCUUUCCGUCCUGAUGUAAAAUCGAAUUCUUUUCAACGUCCUCAAACAGAUGCUAAUAUCGCGAGUGGCAUUCCGAAAUUCUUUCCUUUACCCAUGAUUCAACAGGAUGACAAUCCUUACGUUAGAGACGAUAUACUUUUCAUCAAAAUUAUUGUCGAUCUACAUGAUACACCAAAACUAAUAUUACCGUUCAUGUUAACACUAAAUCCUGGUCUACCUUACCAUGUACAACAAGUUCUAAUCAAUCAAGAAAAAAUAAAACGAGACCAACAACAAAAUACUCUGACUACGAUAACAGCGAGCCAGCCAACGCCAAUGAACACUUGUGGUUAA